CUGCUGUACUGUGCCUGGUGCUGUGAAGGAGUCCAUCCAUACUGCCUAGAGGAUGGGGAGGGACCAGAGUCGGAAGUGGAGGAGGCUUUUUGGAUUUGCCGCAGGUGUGCUGUGUGUCAUGUGUGUGGAGCCCCUGGGGCAGACUCGCUCCUUCGAUGCUCAGACUGUCGCAACUACUACCACAUGGAGUGCCUUGGACCGUCAGCACACAGCACCUGCCAACCCCCUCCAGACCGCCCCUGGGAGGCAGAAUCCAUGGCGCUGCUUGCCGAGUCUUGGCCGAAGCAGUUGGCAAUAUUUGAUGCUGGUGGGGAUGAGACGAGCGAUUUGAUGCGGAACAUUGAUAUAUACACCGAACUUGAUGCAUUGCGAGACUUUGACAUGGAUCCUGAUGAGGAGGAGGACUUAGAACCAGACAUCUUCUUCCUCCCACUCAGUACUGAGUCAGGUGAACAGCAAACGGCUCUGUUUGAGCAUGAUGACUCCUCAGAUGAGGGGGAGCUUGAGGAUUCAUUUUGUCUUGAAGACAACAUCAUUGAGGUCUUUCGAGAUGUUGAUCUUUACAAGCCUGAACCAAGUCCAACAGCUAACAAGAAUGGCAAGGAAGUAGCAUCCAUGAAAGAAGAUGAAUACCUCUACUUAGGCUAUAAGAAGAUUAGUGAGUAUUCUUCCAACAGAAUUGAAACAUCGUAUUUCAGACUGUUGCAGAUUAUUCACAAUGAACUCUUUGACACACUAGGAUACCCUACUUGGCGGGAUAUGUUGAAAGAUGGACUGGUCAUGGAGAGACCAACUGGUUCAGGGUCUGGUUCAGACACUGAGACUGCCUCGGAAGGUGAAGAGGACAGUGAAGACAGUGACCUGGACUGGGAUGAAGUUCUAGAGAUCCGGCGCCAUGAGGCUGUGCAGGAGCUAAAGGAGAGAGAAGACAAACGGCGGGAGCAAGAACGACGACAGAGGGAAAUAGAAAGGGAAAAGGCCCGUGUUGAGAAGCUGAAGGAGCUUGAGAGAGAAGCCAAGGAGGCAGCCCAGAACAAAGAGAAAGAUACUUUCACACCAAAGAUGAAGAUUUUAGGCUCAGAUGUAACUGCUAGCGUGCAGGACCUAGCUAAGAAGCCACUAUUUAAGAAGAAAAGGAAGUGUGGACGUCCACCAGGGUCAAGCAACAAGGCAAAAUAUGGUGAUGAGGAUUUUGUUGUAUAUGAUAUUCAUGAUGACAAAUUCCUUUGUGAAGGUGACCAGAGCAGUACCCCAAGGAGAAAAAGGCUGAGACAACCAAGAAGUUGGGAAGAAUUUGAUGAACUGUUUGCUCAGAUAGGACUGGUGACAGAUGCCACAGCAGAGGAGAAUAAGGAGGAAGUUAGAAUACGGAAGAGAAGGAUUGUACAUACUGACAAUGGCAUCUUUGGCUCAAGGCAAGAGAGAGUUAAGAUGAAAGCCAAAAGACAGAAAUUAGAUUUGGGAAAGAGCAAGAAGUUCAAGGCUUUGAAAAGAAUGGGAAAGUUUGAUAUAACUCAGAAAUGCAAAGACAGUAUCAGUAGCAGAAUUAAGAAAGUUGGGAGGCCUCCAAAAAUCAAAACUGACAAAAGGCAAAAAAAUGAUGAGAUAAGUGAACAAGAAGUUAAAACUAAAAGGAAGAAGCUGUCUGAAAUCAAAGACUUUGAAGUUUCAGAUGCAAGGCCUGAUGGGAUGGGGCUGAUGGCAUCAUCAUCUGAAGCAAAAGGGAGCAUCCUAGCUAGGCAACCAAAUGGCAUGAGUAAAGAGGUUUGGGGUAUACCAAAUCCCAUGGCAUUACCUGAAAACAAGCAUGAUAUGAAAAACUUGUCAAUCCAUCAUGUGUCUCCUGUACAGAACUACUGUGAUAAUAAUACCAAUUCAGAGAAUGCUUCAGACAGAGAAAGUUUAGUGAAACAGGUUGGCUGUCUGGCUGAGGGUGGGUCGAAUAGUGGCAAAGAGAUCAGCGGUAGAAAAUCCAUCGUAAAAGGAGAGAAUUCCAGCGAGUUUACCACACUUGCUGUUAAUCAGAGUGAAGAGAUACCUCGUCCAGAGGAAGAAAACAGUGACAAAGAGAACCUUCCAAGUGUUGGCACAGAGACAAAAGUAAAAGAUAGCGAAGCUGUGAUAUCUCAGAAAAAACACGUUAAUGGCCUUGAAGAAGAAGGAACUUCAGCACAUAGUCAGUCUGCUGAAGAUAGUGAUGAAGAGGCCAAGUCUGAGAGAAGUGAAGUUAAAUGCCUUGACCUAGGGGGUGUGAAUCUCCCUAAGUUACCUGAAAAGAGAUCAAGGAGGUCUGUGGGCCGUGCCUCAGAGCUAGCUAGUCAGAGAAAAGCAAUGAUGGAUUUCUGAUAUUAGUUGGCAUAGUGGACUAUUGUGCUAUCUUAUUGUGAAAUGACUUUUUUGUAAAUAUCAAUUAUUUAUGUUACUUUGCUUCACAUGAUCAGUGAUUAGUACUUUGAUUAGAUGCAUUGUGCAGAGUGGAUAGUGAUGUUCAAAUUAUGACAGAAAAAUGUUAGAUACUUACUGGAAACCAAUUAGUAAAGUAGAAAUUGCAUAUAUAUUUACAAAAUUUGAAUAUGUCAUGUGUAGGGAAGUCCUGUGUAUAAUUUUGUGUAUUUAUUUAUGUGCCAAUAUUUCUUUUAAAUUUAAGGAAGAAUGAUAUUCUCAGGGACUGUAACUUCUUUCUAUAAUAACAGUGGACUAGUCUCCAAGUAGCCAUUUGAAUUGCGUAUUAUGGUAACUACUUAUCCUACCUAGAAUAUACAUAUUUUUUUUUUUUAACUAUAUUUAACAAAAGUUGUCAUUUAUUCAACUUUUUUUUGCAAUUGAAAGUUUUAAUUUCAUUGAAGCAGAGACAACAUAUUAUUAUGUAGGCCAAGUAAUAAGAUAUUUCUUUUCUUCUCUCAGUGGUUACCCUUUUUUUUCUUUCUUUCUUUAUAAGUUCUGAGAUAAAAGAUUUCAGUGAUUUUUCUAAGAGACAAGUUUCACAAUAUACCCACUUUUCUAUGAGUUGCCUUCAUUGGAAAGUAGGAUCUGUUUCUUCAUGUUUUUACAAAUGUAAAAAACAAAACAAAAAAACUAUGGAGUAUGAAUAAUUCUACAAUCUAAGAUUAGAUUGAUAUGUUGAUAUUGUGUGUGAAUGAGUGAGUCCAUGCUUGCUUGUGUGGAUGAGUUCUUGUAUGUGUGCUUGUGUGGAUGAGUGCAUGUGUGCAUGCACAGGUGAAAGAGUUGAGUGUGUGCUUGCUUACACAGGUGAGUGACUGCAUGUGUACAUGCUGAGGAAAGUGAGUGCGUGUUUGUAGGCUUGCAUGCGUGAGUGCGUGUUUGUAGGCUUGCAUGCGUGAGUGCGUGUAUGUAGGCUUGCAUGCGUGAGUGCAUGUUUGUAGGCUUGCAUGCGUGAGUGCGUAUGAGUGUGAGUGAUUGAGUGAGUGCGUUUGCUUGCAUUGUGUGUGUGUAUGUGUGCGUGUGCAUCUGUGUAUAUAUGUAUGUGUGUAUGUGUGUAAG